UGUACUUAACCGUGCAUCUAAAUCAAUCGUCACGCAAGCCGAGUAGCCGAUGUAACUUCAACGACGCCAGGUCUCGAUGACGAAGCUAUAUCGCUUAUUCUUAUAUCGCGUUUUAAUUGCGUUAUCUAGUUCUUGCGCGAUCCCUUUCGCUUUCAAACUCCCCGUUUAUCAGUCCCACCCCCACCUUUAGGCCUGCCGCGGCACCAAUCGUGACAUUUCGCAUUAUCGACGGGUGGAAGAGACGGCGAACGGGGAGAAGGGUAACCACGGAGGCGCGCGCGCGCGCGGCGAAGCCACCUGAAGUGCCACGCGAGUCAUCGCGCCGCGAGCGUGAGUGCCGUGAGUAGCGUGACAGCCAGGGGGGUCUCGUGAUAGGGUGUUGGCCAUCUGUGUAGGGACGCUCUCAUAAGUCAUAAACGGAGUGAAACGAAGGCGAGCGAGGAGCGAGGGAACGUUUCGCAACAACGCUGACGACGCGCCGAGACGCGAGUGCUUCGCUCACGGGAACCGGGAACCCGCCUGCGAGGAACCCGCGCCGCCCGCGGGUUGACGCACACCUAACUUCAGCGGGGAUCUCCACUGACGCGCCCCAAUUACCGAUUACGCGUCGAUAAUCGGCGUGGCGGCGCUUAUCGGUCUACCUCUACCGUUCGGUCUCGUUCAGUGACAAACGGGCAAGUUCGUCACGCGGAGAACGAGGAACUUUCGCUUUCGUCCGUUCCUCGUUUGCCGCGAAGUUGGCGAGAGGAGAGCGCGCGCGCGCGAGUCUCUCGGGCCACACCUGCGCGCUCCUCGCGAGAGCUCGACUCUCGCGUGCGUGCUCUCGCGCGCGCGGAACAUGGCCAGCGCGCGUGGAGGACGCGCGCACGGCGUCGUCGUCGGCGUCGUCCGCUGUUGCCUGUACCUGCUGCUCACGGGCGUCGUCGCGCUCGCCCAGGAGAACAUUGCCCCUGGCAGCCGUUACUACAAUCGCGACGGCGUGUACGUGCCGCCGCAAGACCCGAACGGCUACAAGACCUACGUCUACAAGGAUAGAAGGUACGGCUAUCAGCCCAGCUAUUUGGAGCCCGGUUACAGAGGACCCACCAGAGCACCUGAAGAUCGAUUUCUUUACGGAACUACGGAAAGGCUUCCGUUGCCAGGAAUAUUAGCUGGUUGGCGCGAAGAUCUGCAAGGAAGAGAAAGACCAGAUUCUAAAAAUUUUAGAGAUAGAGACAUAAUUGUGAAUACAAAUUAUGGCCAAGUUCAAGGAUUCAAAGUCCAGCUGUACGACGAUCCGUAUGCGAGGCAUAGACCCUGGAAUUUGGCAGUGGAAAGAGUAACAAAAAUUGUUAAUGUGUUUUUGGGUAUUCCUUACGCUAUGCCACCUACCAGAGAAGGUCGUUUCAAACCUCCCAGGGCUCACAGAGGGUGGCAACUUUUACAAGCUGUUGAUUGGGGGCCAGCUUGUCCUCAGCCUAGCGAAUAUACUGGUACUACGAAAGGUGUGCGAGAUGUUGAUGAAGAUUGCUUGUAUCUAAACAUAUUUUCACCUUCUAUUGGCUAUGGGUUAGCAAACAGAUAUCCAGUGAUGUUAUACAUACAUGGCGGCGAAUUUAGUCAUGGGGCGAGUAAUUUGUUUCCAGCACAUAUACUAGCUGCCUUCUAUGACGUUGUAGUAGUGUCUAUUAAUUAUCGUCUUGGAGCUCUUGGAUUUUUGUCUACUGGAGAUGAGAAUAGCCCUGGAAACUAUGGAAUUCUUGAUCAAGCUAUGGCAUUGCGAUGGGUCCACGAUAAUAUAGUUAGCUUUAAUGGAGAUCCUGAGGCUAUCACGCUCUUUGGGCCAGGGGCUGGAGCAGCGAGUGCAGGAUUAUUAAUGAUUGCACCAAAAACUCGGCACAUAGUAUCGAAAGUAAUAGCGCAAUCGGGUUCAGCUUUAGCUGACUGGGCGGUGAUAAUAGACAAGUACCGAGCACAAAAUACAUCCCGAGUGUAUGCAGAAAUGCUCGGUUGCAGUAUAGAGAGCAGUUGGAAAUUGGUACAGUGCCUAAAGGAUGGACGUAGUUUCCUUGAAUUAGGCAAUUCUGAAUUAAAACCACACGUCGGAAUGUUCCCAUGGGCACCUGUGCUGGAUGUCAACUUCACGAUACCUCGAGAUGAUUGGUAUGAAGAAUGGAGGUCGGCCGACUGGCGCUUUUUUGAGGAAACGCCAGAAGAGAGUAUUAAAGCUCGCAAAUAUAAGAAAGAUUUGGUUUACAUGGCUGGUGUCACGACUCAGGAAGCAGCGUUUAUUAUAAAAAAUAAUGUUACAUUGGCAAGGAAUCAAUACAUAAUAACUCCUGAGGUAUUUGAUCAAAGGAUUUGGGAGUUAGUUCUUCAGUAUAACUAUACCUUGAAUCCUUAUGGCAUUUAUGAGGCAAUAAAAUAUAUGUAUACAUAUUGGCCGGAUCCAUUGAAUGUCACGCACGUACGUGAUCAGUAUAUAAAUCUCUUAUCAGACUUUCAUUAUGUUGCACCAUAUGAUAAAAUAGCAAAAUUAUUGGUGGAAAGACAUGUACCAACAUAUCUCUAUGUCUUAAAUACCUCGAUAGAAGCACUCUAUUCGCCACAGUGGGCUCGGGUACCUCAUGAUACCGAACUUUUAUGGCUAACAGGAGCACCCUUUAUGGACGUUGAAUUUUUCCCGCAAAAAUGGAGAUUGAGUCGAGAUAUGUGGACUGAUAAUGAUCGUAAUAUGAGUCACUUCUUCAUGAAGGCAUACUCUAAUUUUGCAAAAUAUGGAAAUCCAACGCCUUCGCAAAUCUUGGGAUUGCAUUUUGAUCUGGCGCGUCAUGGACAAUUGCGAUACCUUAAUAUCAAUACGACAUUCAACAGCACUAUUGAAAUAAACUAUCGUCAAACCGAGAGCGCAUUCUGGUCCAUGUACUUGCCGACCGUUAUUGGUUAUCUUGUCCCUACAUAUCCUCCCGUUACAGAAUACUGGUGGGAACCUAAACAGCCACUGCAAAUCGCAUUUUGGUCCAUGUCAACAGCGUGUCUGCUGCUACUGGUACUUUCUGUGGUGUGCUGUAUGCUUUGGCGUAACGCCAAAAGCAAAACAAAGGCAGCUAGGAUACGUGCAGACAAUCUGAUCACUACUAUAGCGGAGACAUCCUGAUGGUACGAGACGAUGAGCACUCCGAGGGAAUCGAGAAUUUAACACGAUCAUCUAAAGAAAAUAUAUACGAAUAUCGUGAUGUACCAGUAAAGACUAGAAUG